GCCGUGUACUUCACUUGGGUCUGCGUCUACCGACACUUAACCCAAAGGUAUCUUUGCUUGUCCAUAAAUUAUUUUAGAAAUAUAAACUUUGAAGCCUAAUCGCGUGCACGCAGAGAGCUAGAGCCGCAAGAUGUCGGAGCGCAAAGUUCUGAAUAAAUACUACCCGCCGGAUUUCGAUCCGUCGAAGAUCCCGCGCAUGAAACUGGCGAGGAAUCGCCAGUACACCGUGCGACUGAUGGCACCGUUCAACAUGCGCUGCAAGACAUGCGGUGAAUAUAUCUACAAGGGCAAGAAAUUUAAUGCGCGUAAGGAGGACGUCGAGGGUGACGAUUACCUGGGAAUACGCAUUUACAGGUUCUACAUUAAGUGCACUCGCUGUCUACAGGAAAUAUCCUUUAAGACUGAUCCGAAGAACACGGAUUAUGAGAUCGAGGCUGGUGCCACGAGAAACUUUAUGGCAUUAAAGCUGGCUGAGGAACAGGCGCAAAGAGAGGAGGAUGAGGAGAAAGAGGAGGAGGCAACUAAUCCAAUGAAGCUCCUGGAAAAAAGGACACUCCAGUCGAAGCAAGAACUGGAGCUGUUAGAAUCUCUGGAGGAGUUGAAGGAUUUAAAUCGCAGGCAGCAGACUAUAGAUUACGAUCAAAUGUUGGAACAAUAUGACACCGAAGCUGCUAAGCAGAGGACGGAGAAGGAGCAAGAAGAAUUGGAUGAACAAUACAUUAAAGCUGUAUUUGGUAAGAGACAAUUGACUGGGACUGUUAUGGAAGAAGAAAUUGAAGAGCUUGAAGAAGAGGAAGAAGAAGAAGAAAAAGUUCAACCUCCUAAGAAAAUACUUAAAACAGAUGAGGAAGAUGAAAAAGCAACAGAAAAUUCUGGACACUCUUUAAAAUCCACAAAAGCAUCAUUGUGGUCAGACAACAUGGGAUUAUUAUCUAGCAAGAAGAAUUUAUCUACUUUGGCCAAGAAAAGUAAUAUUGGUAUAAAGAUAAACGCAAGGUUGUCACAAAAUAAAACGUCCACAACCGAAAAUACUGUUUCAUCUGAUAACAAAACAGUUCCACAGUCAGAUGAGGCAUCUAACACUUCGACGAGUACAUCGAAUACAACAAAUAUAGACAUCAAAUCAGAUAAUGUCAGCAAUGGUCUCUCAUUAUUAGGUGCCUAUUCAGGUAGCAGCGAUAACGAUAGCGAUUAAUGAAAAAGGUAAUAAUAUAUUUUUUAUGUAUAUAUACAUAUAUAUUUUUUAUUUAAUAGAACAAAUGUUAUACAAAACAAAUGGGGUCUACAAAAACGUGUUUGUAUAAACAUGGUAUUUGUUUUAAAAUAUGUAUAUAUUACGUGCAAUUUUGUACAUUUUACAUAUUAUUUUAAAUGUACACGUGGAUUAGAUAUUAUGCACUUGUAAAUAAUUUCUUGUUAAAUCCAGUGUAGUCGCAAUUGUUGAUGUUUAUAGGCUGUGUCGACAAUUACAGAGUUUCUUACAGGAUGCCGAAGGCUCUACUCCUAAAACAUAAAAGAUCAAUUAUCAAAACUACAGAAAAAAAAUCAAUCUGUUUGCAAGGCUAGGCACUCUGUAAGAAAUUCUGUCGUCGAAUUACAUCGAUAUCGAUACAAUGCAGCAAUGAGUACCUAGCCUAUCAAAACAGGUCAUAAUUAACACAUUUGAAACAAAAAAUGUUUUAAUGAUACAAUGAAAUAAAAUAUACAAAUAAAAAUUCGUGUAAAACUGA